AUGAUUUACUUAUCAGACAACAUUGACUUCUCUAACAUAAAAGUAGGAAAUGAUGAGUUAAGGAUUUGCACUGAGCUGCUAGACAAAAAAAUUAAAAAUUUGAAAAUAUUCAAACAAUUCGAUGCUUUCCCCUUAAAUAUUCGAGCUUUAAGAGAAGUGAUGAUGAAAACCGUUAUGAUUCUAUCUGGGACGUGUCUGACCUUGACCCUUGUCACCUACGCCAUGUUUUCUGAGCUUCGGAGCGAGGCUGGUAAAAACAACAUCAUGUUGUGUGUGAGUCUACUGCUAGCUACAGUCAUAGUCAUGGCCAAAGCUUACAUAACACAACUUGGAAUUAUUUGUACUACAAUGGGCGUGGCCUCGCACUUCAUGUGGCUUUGGAUGUUGAUGUGGAUGUUCCUCGGCACGUUCCAGAUGUUUAAGAUAUUCAGCGCGUCCACACGAAACAUGAACUCUGACCCGUAUCAAAACCACUUGCUGAUGAGGAAACUUGUCAUCUCGUUUCUGCCGCCCUUGGUGAUUGUCGGUGCUGUGAUUGUCAAGUCUUUAAUAGAGUCAGAUGGGGACGUCAUUGGCUACGGUCUCAAUGGUUGUUUUAUAGACUCGAAUUCCUCCGUGGUGAUGUUCCUAAUAGCACCAGUGGUGAUGGCUACAGUUGUUAACAGCGGACUCUUCGCGGCAACAACCUACAACAUUCACAAAGUGAGACGGAUCCAGGCGUCAGACUUUACACAAAGGACUCACGGGAUGUUUUUAGUCUACGUCAAACUCUCAACCCUCACAGGAAUAACAUUUGUCUUGGACUUCAUCGCUUUUAUGCUGGACUCGGAUGUUAUGUGGUAA